UCAACGCGUUCGCGGCAGAAAAAGCGUUCGGAAAACGAAUUUCGAGAUAUAUUUUAAAAAUAUCACUCAUACGCACACGGGAGAGCGAGUGUCUGAAACGAGAGUGAGAGUGCUGUUCAGAGUGAUAUUCAGCAAAUAAAUAACAAGCAAGUAUUGCUUAUUCGAAAUCAAACGGAGAAAGUGUUUUAAUAAUGUCUUCCGAAGUAUAUAAUCAAGUGAAAUCGGCUGCCAGCAGCUCAUUAAUUUAUAAAUAAAUAUAUUAAAUAUAUAGUGGCGUGUGUGAGUGAGCAGCAUCGAUAAAAAGCUCCCCAUAGAAAUUUCUUUUCGGCGGCGAAACGUGAAAACCCAUUGCUAAAUUAUCUUCACCGCAAGAAAAACCGCCGAGAAAGCCAAGAACUCUCAGCCCAAAAUACCAAAAAAAAAAGAGUUGAAUCGCAGAUCAUUCCAUUCCGCUUUGAUUAACCCCAUCGCGCCGACUGUCCCUUGGCAUCGAUUGUUGACAUUCUCGCCGCCAAGAUAUGCAAAUGGGAAUAUGCGAAUAUCUUGCACACACACUCGAGUUGUAAAUUAAAUUCCCAAGCUUAAAGUGCCGACGGCGCCGGGUGGAAGCCAGGACAAAGGACAUCGUCAUCAGGUGCUCGUGUCCCCUGAACCGUGCCACAAUAAGUACCCGACCUGUGGCCGCAGAAUUGAUGUUCGUGCGAAAGUUGCACGUUGGCUGCCCCAAUGCUAUGCCCAGGAUUCGAGUAGGACACUAAAGUGGGUCACUUGACUCCGGCAGCGAUGAGUGGUGCAGCGGUUGCGCGGCUCCUGCUCCGCUUGGAGCUACCAUCGCCGGGUGUGAUGCCACCACCGCCCACGGACUACGACUACGGUGGGCCCAUCAGCGACGAUGAGUUCCUGGCCAGUGCGAUGGCCACCGAGGGACCAACGGUGCGCUACGAUCUGUUCCCGCAAAACCACAGUCAAUCCACUCUGCAGAUCGUACUCAAUCACACGGAGGUGCAAACGGAUCUGCAAUAUCCGCACUACGACGACUUGGGCCUGGAUACCGAACCGAAUUGGACGCGAAUCUGCGAGGAUGUGUACAAUCCGCUGCUGGAGAACAAUCGCAUUGAGUUCUGGGUGUGCGGGGUGCUGAUAAAUAUCGUUGGUGUCCUCGGCAUCCUGGGCAACAUAAUCUCCAUGAUAAUCCUCUCCCGGCCGCAGAUGAGAUCCAGCAUUAACUACUUACUCACUGGCUUGGCACGCUGCGAUACGGUGCUAAUUAUCACGUCGAUACUGCUGUUUGGCAUACCCAGCAUAUAUCCUUACACGGGUCACUUCUUCGGCUACUAUAACUACGUAUAUCCGUUUAUAUCGCCGGCGGUAUUCCCCAUAGGCAUGAUAGCCCAGACAGCUAGUAUAUAUAUGACAUUUACGGUGACCUUAGAGAGAUAUGUGGCCGUUUGUCAUCCGUUGAAGGCGAGGGCACUCUGCACUUAUGGCAGAGCUAAAAUAUACUUUAUAGUGUGUGUGUGCUUCUCGUUGACCUACAAUAUGCCCAGAUUUUGGGAGGUCCUGACUGUCACGUAUCCCGAGCCGGGCAAGGAUGUAAUACUCCACUGCGUGAAACCUUCGAGACUGAGAAGAUCGGAGGCGUACAUCAACAUCUACAUACACUGGUGCUACCUGAUCGUAAACUAUAUUAUACCCUUUCUCACCCUGGCCAUACUAAAUUGCCUGAUAUACAGGCAGGUGAAGCGGGCUAACAGGGAGCGCCAAAGGUUAUCCAGAUCAGAGAAACGGGAGAUCGGCUUGGCCACAAUGCUGCUGUGCGUGGUGAUAGUGUUCUUUAUGCUCAACUUUCUACCGCUGGUGCUCAAUAUAUCCGAGGCCUUCUACAGCACCAUCGAUCAUAAGAUAACGAAGAUCUCAAAUCUACUGAUCACCAUCAAUAGCAGCGUCAACUUUCUCAUAUACAUCAUCUUUGGCGAAAAGUUCAAGCGCAUUUUUUUACUCAUUUUUUUCAAGCGCCGCCUGAGUCGUGACCAACCGGAUCUCAUCCACUACGAGAGUUCCAUAUCGAACAACGGCGAUGGAACUCUGAACCACCGAUCCUCCGGCCGCUUCUCACGGCACGGCACCCAGCGGAGCACCACCACUUACCUGGUGGCCACCGGCGGACCAGGAGUCGGGGGAUGCGUUGGUGGCGGUGGCAAUAAUUCCCUCAACAAUGUGCGACUGACUCAGGUCUCUGGCUCACCCGGUCUGGUCAAGAUCAAGCGGAAUAGAGCUCCCUCGCCUGGUCCAGUGGUCUAUUUUCCCGCCCGCGAAAUGCAGAGAUCCGCAUCCACCACCAACUCGACCACCAAUAACAAUACUUCUAUUGGUUACGACUGGACCCUGCCGGACAGCAAAAAACUGGGACACGUCUCCUCCGGAUUCUGAGACUGUGUCCGAGUGAAUACGAUUCGAAUGGGUCACUGGGAAGGGGUGGACUUAGUGCACUAGUCAUGUAAAUAUAAAUAGACACGGAAAUAGGGUGUAACAAACAGCUGUGGUCAAAAUACUAGUAAGGAUUUCGUUGAAUUUAGCUAAGUGUAAUAUUUGGAUUUUAAUGGAGAUAUGAUUUCCAAUCCUUCUAAUUUAUGAUAUAAAAAUAACUACGUUUAUUUAAAUUGUUUAAAAUUUAAUCU